AUGGAGGACUUGAAGGGACACGGAAACACGGAAGAUGAUGCUCUCCCAGGCUUACCGACAGGCCUGGAAAAUUCCAAUGAACAGUGCUGCUUGUGCGGAGAGGUGGUCUGGGAAAGCCACAGCUUGACCCGGCUUAGUGCUGUUGUCAAACUCAGCCAUGAAGAGGCAGCCAACUCGGUGGGUACGACAUCUCCCCCAUGUAUUCUGGGCAUGAGACUGUUGUCAUCACUGAUUGAUACUGAUGGAGACGACGAGGCAGGCUGGGAAGAGAAGAUGGUCUGGUUUGCGUCUGUGACCAAAGGCAAAUAUGCAGACCAGGAUCUUUGGCCACGAAUUCAACAAGCCUACAAAGAGGAAAACCGUUAUUACCACUUCGUUGCGACACUAUCUUAUGGCUUGCUCUGGUUGCAAAUCGCCAUUGGAGCCACGGUAACAGCAAUCGGAUCCGACAACAAUCGCCGCGCGAGACUAGCAGUUACAAUUCUUGGGGCCAUCAAUACCUUUAUUGCGGGCGUCCUGACUUUCCUCAAGUCUCGCGACCAGCCAAACAGAGCACUUCAAUUUAGAAAUGGACUCCGGGACGUGUGUAACGAGUUGUGGCGCGCAGACGCCGCCUUGCGGGACCCCCCUUCAAAUCAUGAUGAUCACCACAGCGUGUUUAACACCCUUUGGGACAAAUACCAAGAUGUACUGAGGGAAGCUGAUGUCAAUUAUCCAGACCUAUGGGUCAGAAUUGAAAGCGCCCUAGGGGUGAGGAAAUCUCAGCAGAAAAAUCAGCAAAGACGUACUCCAACGCCUCCUCCAGCAGGCGCUCGACCAGCAGGGUCUGCAGCACAUACUCCCGCAGGGUCUCCAGCACUCUUUUCAGCAGGAUCUCCAUCACGUACUCCAGCAGGAUCUCCAUCACGUACUCCAGCAGGAUCUCCAACCGCCAUUUCAGCGGGAUCUCCAGCAGGUCCUUCGGCAGUUGCUCUAGCAGCAGGUGCUCUAGCAGGUGCUCCAGAACGUUCUCCAGAACGUUCUCUAGCAGUUCCCUAG